GAACGGUCCAACCGGCAAUCGUUUUCAUUCACCUCGUAUUUAAGACAUGCUCUCACACCCGACCCACGACUUUAAUACUACCUUCGACUUCUGAAGAGCAAGGUCAUUCAGUUUAUCUCCCAAACUUACACGCAACGAUCAUCAACCCUACUCACAGAAAUAUCCGAAUGAUGCUGCUCCGGUCAGUACCAAUAGUACUGAUCCUCUUCCAUGUAGUUUGUGGUACAAACUACGGAGGAGGUUACGGCUGGCAUGAUAAGAUACCAAGCAAGAUUAUCGUUAAACAUAUACCGAAGCACGUGCCAAUCUACAAGCCUUAUCCUUUCCCUAAACCAGUACCAGUGCCAAAACCAGUCGGGUUCCUGAAACCUUUGGCCAUUGCAAAGCCAUUCAGCGUACCUCAUGUAGUUCCGGUCAUUAAACAUUUCCAGAAGCCUUUCCCAGUUUUAAAAGGAGUGCCUUUCCAUUUCCCGAUUCCUUUGCCGAAAUUGUCGCUUAAACCAAUCCAAAUAAAGAUACCCAAGCCUUACGUAGUUCGGGUUCCAAAGCCUUAUGCUGUAGCUAAGAAAUUCCCAGUUGCUGUGCCAGUUCACAUACCCAAACCUUACAUUGUGCCUGUCUACAAACCUGUACCAGUUGGAGUGCCCCAGAAAAUACCCAAAAUCGUCCCCAUCUACAAAGAAGUGCCUGAGUAUGUGAAGAAACCUGUGCCAGUCUACGUCGAGGAACAACCCUAUAAACCUAACAACUACAAAGGCACUCCUUACAUACCAAGUGGAGGUUCUUACAAAGGCUCUCCAUUCCCAGAAGGAAUUAGUGGUGGUCACAAAGGGAGCCCAUUUCCACAAGGAAUAGGAAGUGGUUAUAAAGGAUCACCCUUUCCUACAGGAUUUGGAGGAGGAAACAAAGGUACACCAUACAUACCAUCUGGCAAAGGGGGAAAUGGUUAUCAUGCAAAGGGAACAAAUACACAUACGCAUGCUACAAGUGCAGCAAGCUUUUUGGCAGCACAUGCUGACAAAUUACAGUCACAGCAUUCUGCUUACCAUGAUAUUAUUGGAGCUUAUAGCCAAAACCAAGCUUUUCCAGGAAUUCAGAGCUUAGGAGGUGGAAUUCAUGGCGGGUAUCACACUCUACAAGGCUUCCACAACUUUGGAGGAAACAACUUCGGCUUCCAUGGUACAUAUACUGAAGACACGAAGCAGAACAGCAAUUAUGAACUUGAAGAUGGUCAUGGGUUAGAAGGUUAUGGUAAUUUAGGACUUUAUGCUAGAGGGGCUGAUGCAGGCAAAACUAAAGAUGUUGAAACUCACGAAUCAGCAGCAGAAAAUGAAGCUGGAGCAGGAGAAGGGUCAUAUGAUAAUAAUAAUCAUGCUGAUGAAGCAAAAGAAACUGGUGGAAACGCUGGAGGUCAGGGUAAUCAGGGAUAUAUAGGUGUAUCUAUCACAACUUUUAAUGAUCAAGGGGGAAGAGGAGGUGGAUAUCAGGGCGAUUCUGCUGUUGGAGGAUAUGGUAAUCAAGGGGGAUAUGAGAACCAAGGCGAAAACGAAGAACAAGGAAAGCAAGGUUAUAACAUUGGUAACAAUCAAGAACAAUAUAACAAUGGAGGGCAAGGAGAAAAUGGAUAUGCUCAUCCAGCUCUAACUUUAUACCAAUUGCAUAAUGGAGCAGCAGCUACAGCCCUCAAUUAUCCAAACGCUGCAGCAAAUUACUACAACACCGGUUAUCAGUCUCAUCAAGAACAGGGUAAUCAAGGAGACGCCGAUCAAGAAUAUGGUUAUAACCAAAAUUAUCAGCAAAAUGAGGGAUCUGAAGGAUAUGCUCAACAGCAAUCGUCAUAUGGAUAUCAGGGUCAUGCUAGUUAUCAAUCCGCGUCACAGCAGAACAACCAACAAUAUUCACCACAACAAGAUGAUGGAAAUACCGGCAAUUAUGGCAAUCAAGAAGGCUCAUAUCAAAACGAAGGAGGUUAUCCGCAAAAUCAAGCUGCUUAUAGCAAUCAGGGGCAUUCUCAAGUUUACCAUAAUCAAGCAUCCUAUCAGGUGAAUCAUGCUCCAGACUUUGGGAAGGAAGAAGGGUAUGGCCAACAGAAUUUGGCAGCAGGAUUGCAAAAUUAUGGUUUGAAGGCUGCAUAUCAAAUUCAGUCAGGAGCUGAAGACAAUAACCACCUACAAGGAGCAGCAGGAACUGUUUAUGUAAGAGCAUAUGACAGUCAAGGAGGAAAUCAAGCUGCAUACAAAGUUCAACCAGCCGAUAACUAUCAAGCCGAAGACACGCAAGAGAAACGUUCUUAUACAGCAUAUACUCCUCAAAAAGAUGCAGGUACAGAGCAAGAAAAGAAUGAAACAAAUGAAAAGCAGCCCCUAGUUGCUGCAGGACGAUCCAUCGAUAGCAUCAGCAGCAGUGAUACAAUUGUUGGAAGUGCCAAUGGCUACAGUUCACCUGAAGGUGGAGAGACAAAAGGAGGAUCUUGGAGAGCAGUGCAAUAAACAGAUCAUUCAGCACAGCGUAUAUGUAUAUAAAAAUUUAGUCAAAUAUAUAUGUAUUAAGCUGACUUAUUUAUUUCAGCCGUGUUUUGUAAGAAACCCACUUUGAAAUACUUUAGUUUUUCAAAGACAGCAGUUGUAGAAUUUAGCGCUGCUUUACAUCUGUGCCAAGGGGAACUGAGAAAAGUGUUCUUAAGUAAAAUAAUAAUCCAAAGUGAGUUGUGGUGAAUUAAAAGAGAUCCGAAUUUCCUUAGCGCCUGGUGCGAAAGGAUAUCGAAAAUUAAUUCCAUAUUGCCAGGGUGUUUUUUCAGAGAAUUCUUAGUUAUGCUAUUAGUUGGAGAUAAUGGAGUUGAUGUGAAAAAGAAAACUCUAACAAUCAAGAAAUACUUUCUAUUUUAGUUUAUAAAUUAAAAAGAAAAAAACUAAUCAAUGUUUUUUUUUAUUCCAAAAAUAGUAAAAUGAUUUUUGAUUAAACUAGAAACAAUUCAGUCUAAAUGUUUCCAGAAUCACAUUAUAUAUUUUUCCUUUUCAAAUCUAUUAAAGAAUAUUCAUUGAUAAAUCUUAUUAAUGAAUAUUCUGAUUAUGUAGAAUAUAUAGUAAAUGUCAGUGAGUUUCAAUAUAGAUUCUAUUUUAUUUAGAAAUUAAUUAAUAAAUAUGUUUAUCUCCCGCUUUUAGCAUAAAAAUGUGUUUCAUAUACAUAUAUAAUCUACUGUUUUUUGUGUUUUACAACUAAAUGUUGUACAU